GCCUACACCACCAAAUUCAACGGAGAAUCCGCUCUACUUUUCAUCAUCUUCUUCUUCUAUGUAUCUCUGGAUUCAUGCACAAAAAUCUGUAUCAAAACCUCCUCCUUUCACUAUCCAAAUCUUCCCACAAACACGUAUAAUCCUUCUUCUUCUGUUCUUCAUCAACAACAAAACCUCACGUACACAUUCACAUAUCUCCAUAUUCACAUAUGUAAUGCAUCAAAAACAACCCGAAUUUCACAUCGGAAUAGAUACCACCCAUGUCUCUUCCGAUACACCUUCUUCAUCCUCAUUAUUGUUAAUGUUACCAUCACCUAAUAAUAAAACGGUAACCCAUGCAAACCCUUAUAACCAUCACCACCAAAUCACAAUCCACGAUGAUGACCUCAACCCAGUCAUUACACCAACCGAUUUACCAGAAAAACAUCACCCGAAGCGGUUUUCGGCUACGAAAGCAGUCGCCGUUCACCUCCUCCACCGUCUCCGCCACCUCCGUCGCCUUCAAGCUCACCUCCGGUUAAUCGUUUUAUUAUCUCUCCCGUUCUUCUACUUCUUAGUUUCCCACCCGAGCCAUUCGAUAGUGCUCGAUUUCUUAUCCGCUUUAGCGUUCUCUUCCGCUUUGUUGUUUUCUUUAAACCUUGGCCUCCCGAAACUCCCAUCGAUUCAGACAGUAUUAGCGCGGUCAUUCCCGGUCAAAUCUCAUUCUUCCAGGCCUCCAUUGCCGGUUUUCUGGUCGAUCGGGUCUAAAACGAAAGGGGACAAAGCGAAAAGGGUGAAUUCGGGGUGUUGGGUCCAGGCAUACAGCAAUGGGGAUGUGUAUGAAGGGGAGUUUCAUAAGGGGAAAUGCUCGGGUUGUGGUGUUUAUUAUUAUUAUAUGAGUGGGAGGUACGAAGGCGAUUGGGUUGACGGAAAGUAUGAUGGUUAUGGGGUCGAAACGUGGGUGAAGGGGAGUCGAUAUAGAGGACAGUAUCGACAAGGGUUGAGACAUGGGCUUGGUGUUUAUAGGUUUUAUACGGGUGAUGUUUAUGCUGGUGAAUGGUCUAAUGGUCGCAGCCAUGGGUGCGGUGUGCAUAGUUGCGAAGAUGGGAGUCGAUAUGCUGGCGAGUUCAAGUGGGGCGUUAAACAUGGUCUUGGUUAUUACCAUUUCAGAAAUGGGGAUGCAUAUGCUGGAGAAUAUUUUGCAGACAAAAUGCAUGGUUUUGGAGUUUAUAAUUUUGCAAAUGGACAUAGAUAUGAAGGAUCUUGGCAUGAAGGAAAAAGGCAAGGAUUUGGAGUGUACACUUUUAGAAAUGGCGAAACACAAUCCGGGCACUGGCAGAAUGGUGUUCUUGAAUUAUCACCAUCGCUUCCUGAUCAUCGUUCCAAAGUUCUAAACGCGAUACAGGAAGCGCGACAAGCAGCAGAGAAAGCGUAUGAGGCGGCUGGGAAAACGGAGGAACGAGUGAACAAUGUGAUUAUAUCAGCGAAUCGGGCAGCCAAUGCCGCAAGAGUGGCUGCCAUAAAGGCGGUACAAAAACAAAUACACCAAAGGCGAAAUAGUGAUGAACUUCCUAUCCCCAUGGUGCAAAACCUUCAUCACCUACAAACCCAAUUCACUAUUUGACCCCUUCAUCUUGUUUAUAUAUAACAGAUGACUUGUACAGUUAGGUAGCUAGAUUAGUACUAACUAACUACUGAACUGGAAUUGUAAUUGUUUGGAAGUCCCCUUGUACAUUAUGAUUGGUUUUAAAUUGUUAUAUAUUACGAACUCUUAAAUCA